AUGUAUGAAACGUUAAUUAAGCUGUCAAUGAAAAGAAUGAUUUCUAGUAUAGCCAUGCAGCUACUUACAGGCUAUAUGGGUGUAACAAACUGUGGUGCAUGCAUAAUGCAGAGCGAUGCAGAUUCCACAUGCUUUAAGCCAUCACCAAUCGAUAAAAGCUCCGCCACUGAGUUGGAUUUUUCGACAACAUUCACCAAUCCAACCGUUUGCACAAAGCAAUUGCCUUUAGGCAUUGAAUUUGUGUUUUGUGCUAGUGGUAGAUUUAAAACCUUUGCUAACAACAACAACGUUAUUGCUGUAUUACAGGAGUGUCUCGAAAGGACAAAAGUAUUGGAAAAGGCAAAAGCGCAGGGAGUAGACACUAAAGAGGUGUUAGAGAUUGUUGCAUUACACCUGUAUAGUCUAGUCCACGAUGUAGUAAGAGAUCAAAAGGCCGAUGAAAAUAUGAUUUACGAUCUUCGUUAUUUAGUUUUUGCUGCCCACUGGAUUUAUGAAACAAAGUCCUUGAAUGGUAUUAAGUUGGCGGGAAUUAGCCUAGAAAAGUCGCCCGUCAGCAUUUUGAAGUUUUUCUACGAUCAUUGCAACACUCGGGGUUUUAACUUUGAUCGGACCAGCAUUAAUGUUACUGAGCUAAAUGAGCAUGACUUUAACGAUGUAGUACGGCUGACUUUAAAUGGUAAUGGAUUAACCAGUAUCCCUUGUCUAUAUAAUUUUACCAAUCUUAUGUUUCUUGAUCUGGAAGACAACGAUAUUGCAGCCUUUGAGCCAGAAAGAAUGCUUGGGAACGUGACGGAUCGGAAAAUUAUCAUGAACAGGCUCCGUGUGAUAAACUUGGAAGGUAACCCUAAUUUAGCUGUUGAUUUUCCCAAGUUCAGACGAAGAAACUUUCCACAACUUGUAAAUGUUCAUGUGGAUGAUGUUGUUUAUAAUAACACAAACAAGGAUGUUAUAUACGACCUGGAUAAACGUGAUGUGUUUAUUUUGCCACCAAUGAUAUAUCGUCAUCCCCAAGGAAUUACUUUGCACGAUUUGGUUUUUAGAAAUCCAGUUUCACGUGCUAUAAAGAGCUUAUUUAAUACGGUAUGGACAUCUAUAUUUGAUGAUUAA